CGGUCGUUCAUGCUCGAGGAGACAGAGACAUUGUGGCGCGAAAAUGUGGAGAAUGGAGAGGGAUUCGCACCCGGCCGCGGCUGGCACCGAGCACCGUGCAAUGCACCCGCGCGAGCACCCUGUUAAGCCCUGGUAUACAGUGUUGUAGACCCUACAGAUUUUUCGGUAUUUCUACCGAAAUGAGACCCCAUAUCAAUCAUACAUACACUUACACUUAGACAAUCGGGUACACGAGGACGUAGAGUCGAGUUGCCUAUAAUUAUAGUCUAUAUAUUUUGUGAUUAUAGUCGCACAUCCCUUACUCCGCAUUCCCUGUAUUGGUUUUUGUGUGCACAAGAGGUACGGACUGGUAUAUUACUGUCAUAACCUCAUCAACACAAUAAGGAACCCAAAGCUCGUCUGUUUUUUAUAAUAUUAAAAUAUUCACAUCUUUCAAACAAGAAUGGAAAAAUGAGUUUACAGGAUGGUGGCAAAGUAGUUUGAAGAGCAACCAGUAUGCUCAUUGCAAAAGUUUUAAUAAACUGGUUGAUACUUUUUUCAGGAAAAGAUGCUCGCAAAAAUCCCGAUUUGGUCCAAUGACUCUACCGAUUUUGUCCAAUGACACUAUCUACCGAUUUCGUCUUUUUCGGUUCGGCAACACUGAUUGUAUAUAGAAUAUUCACUUGUAUAUGAUAUGGUUGUAUAUACCACUCGUAACCUCACUUUUGCUCUUGUGUUGAUUUGCAAAAUAUCGUUUGCCGUUUGUGGCAGUUUAUAGUAAAAGUAGGUCACUAUGAAAUCUCAAACAGAAUAUAAAUUAAAAUCACCUCCUGAAGAUGCCAUAUCCUCUGUGAAGUUCGGACCAAAUACAAAUCAGUUCCUCCUAGUCAGUUCCUGGGAUGGCUAUGUGAGACUUUAUGAUAUUACAGCUAAUAACUUAAGACAAAAAUAUGCCCACGACUCAGCUGUGCUAGAUUGCAGCUUUACAGAUGCUGUACAUUUAUACAGUGGAGGAUUGGACAGUACAUUAAAAUCCUUUGACUUCAAUGCUACUAAGGAAAGUACUGUUGGAAGCCAUGCUAAUGCUAUCAAGUGUGUAGAGUACAACAGCGAAGUUAAUGCUAUAAUCACAGGCAGUUGGGAUCAUCAUGUAAAACUAUGGGAUCCCAGAACUCCAAUUUGUAGUGGCAGUUACAAUCAGUCAGAGAAGGUUUACACAAUGAGUGUUUGUGGUGAAAAACUGGUUGUUGGUACAGCAGGAAGAAAAAUCUUAGUUUGGGAUGUCAGAAACAUGUCUUACACACUGCAAAAACGAGAAAGUAAUUUAAAAUAUCAAACUAGAGCAAUCAGGUGUUUUCCCAAUAAACAAGGCUAUGUAUUAAGCAGUAUUGAAGGUAGAGUGGCAGUGGAAUAUCUAGAUACCAAUCCAGAGGUACAGAAGAAGAAAUAUGCUUUCAAAUGUCACAGGAUAAAAGAAGAUGGUUUGGAGAAAAUUUAUCCUGUAAAUGCAAUUAGUUUUCAUCCUAUCCACAACACAUUUGCUACUGGUGGAUCAGAUGGUUAUGUCAACAUUUGGGAUGGGUUUAAUAAGAAAAGAUUGUGUCAAUUCCAUCAGUACCACACUUCAGUGACCUCACUCAGUUUUGGCCACAAUGGAACUGUAUUAGCUAUAGCAUGUUCUUACUUUUUAGAGGAAGAUAAUCCUCCAAAUCCAUUGCCUGAAAAUACUAUUUAUAUAAGGACUGUCACUGAUCAAGAAACUAAACCUAAAUACAGUGCAUCAUAAGCUUAUGUACCUUAAUUUUAUUUUCAUUUUAGAUGCUGCACUAUAAAAGUGUUCUUUGUGGUAUAGCAUUCUAAGUGAUUACAUGUUAUUUAAUUAAUUCAAUCUAAUUAUAUUAAGACUAUCAUCAAUGAAAUUAAAAUGAUCAUUGUAUGAACUUCAUAUAUAAAAAUUAAAUGCAGCAAAUAAAUAGAUAUGGCUCAAAAAGCGUUUACUCUGAGGCAUAUAUCCAUUUUUCUUUAUUUUUUUCUGUAGCCAAAUUAUGUAUAAAAUAGAGUUGUCUAUACAAUAUACAAUCAUUUUCAGUUAGUAUCUGUAAACUAAUGCUCCAUGAGAAAUAAAGUGAGUUUUAAAAAACUUUGAAUAUUUCAAUGACAAAUUACUUUCUUGGAAUAAAAGUUAGUCACUAGUGGCCCAUACACGGGCGGAUUGUCUGUCAUAUCUGAUACGUGGCGAGCCAAAUUCGUAAAGAAAUCCGU